ACUGGGCAUGUGCGAACAUGAGAAAAUGGCGUACUGGGUGACUGAAACGGUAGCUGAUGAUGAUGAUUUGACGAAGGACGUUGCCUCUCUCAGAGCCAUCCUCAAUGAAAGCGUUCCCUUCCCAGACAUGAAGUUCUUGCCCCCCUCAUAUGCAGUGGAGAUAGAGAGAGAAAAGAGUGCGUGCAGUGCUGUUACCGAGCUCCAGAUAUGUCUCGACAAAAAUAUAGCCGUACAGGACUUGCUGAAUGCUAAACUGGGGGAAGUGGAGCUGGCUAUGGCAGAGAAUGAACAAAAGAUGAGGGAGCUGGAGAGACUGGUGAGGAUGAGGAAGACACUGAAGAAAGGAAUCUUCACCAUCUGGAGGAGGAAGAGGAACAACUACUUCAAGGACCACAAAGGACAGACUCCACCGACUCUUGUUGUUGGCAACAACAGUCUUGAUCAACUAGGGAGUGCUGCCUACUUUGCUGGAUUAAAUUGGAUGAGAAACAAGGUGUCAAAUCCAGAUUCGAAACUGAUGGAAGGAGUGAGAAGGCAGAUAAUUGACAGUCUUACUCAACCACUUCAGGCUAGUUUAAUGAAGACAACAGAUAACGAGCAGAAGUUGUUCCUUCGUAAAAAGAUCAAGGAAAUAUGUAAGCACACUAUUAGUCAAUUGGUGAGGGAGAACAUCAUAAUUGACUGGGCUCUUCUUGCCUAUGAGCAGUUCAACAAUUCCCAUACUGCAGCUGACUGUGAACUUCGUUGGAGAGGCCACACCCACCCUGGUGUCAACAAGGCAGUAUGGAAGAAGCAAGAGGACAAGGAGUUAAUGAUAAUAGCAAAGACACACAACUUCUGCAAUUGGACCCUCAUUGCUACCGAACUAGGAACCAACAGGACAGGGUUCAUGUGUCUUCAGAGAUAUCAGCAGAGCCUUAAUCCUACCAAAAUCACCAAGGUCUUCAGCAUGGAUGAUGAUACACGUCUGAGGGAAGCUGUCAGGAUCUACGGCGAGAGUCGGUGGGGCCUGGUGUCGGCAUACGUGGAUGGCAAGACACCAUCUCAGUGUAUGCAGCGAUGGGUCAACUCUCUCAAACCUGGGAUCAAGAGAGGUCGCUGGAAUGAUAAGGAGGACAAGCUACUACGAGAGGCAGUCAGAAAAUGUGGAGUUGGGAGCUGGGCAAAUAUCGCCGCAUUUGUGCCCUGCAGAACCCAGGCCCAGGUGAGGGAGCGGUGGGUUAAUCAUAUGGACGAGAAGUUGUCCAAGACGGGAUGGACUGAGGAGGAGGACAGGAAACUCAUUGCUAUCUGCCAGAGAUACUCCUCGGGCCCCAUCCCCUGGUCGUUGGUAGCCAAGGAGAUGAGAACCAGGACGGACAACAUGUGUUACACUCGGUGGCGCUCCAUCAGCGAUGCUCCCACCAUCUUCAAGAAGUACUCAGAGUCAUACAAACAGAAGGAGACUGUCAUGACCAACUUUGUCGGGCGCAAACGAUGCAGACACAGUCUCAGGAAGGAUGACAUUGAAGAAAUGGUACCAGAGGCCACAAAGGAAAAGCUCAAGUCCUAUGAAGAGAUGUUGGAAAGGAAGAAAAGUCGCACACGAGAAUUACAAUUGCCAGGAGACCCCUCUGCUGAUAGUAGCGGUGCCUCUACAUCAGGAGCUAAUGGUGGGGGCACAUCAACAAAUAGAGUUACUGCAUUUCCACCUACUGAUAUGGGGGCUUCAGCAACUAACGAUGGACGUAUCGACAACUUAGAAAGAAGUUCACCUAACACUGCCAAUACUGCCACUCCAAGUGGCACCGUGGAUGCAACACAGCCUUCUUCAUAUUCAUUUCCUCAAGGAAGAUUUCUAUAUAUUCCCCCCUCCUCUUCCCCUGAAUCUCUCCCCACAGCCUCUGUUCGCCCACCCACAUCAAAACCCUCAGAUCCCCAACCUCAUUCUCAGUCCCUGCCUGAUCCCCAUCCCCUGCCACCUCCCACUCUCCCUCAAUCCCUCCCCACCUUCUCUCUCCCUUUCCCUCCUCCUCCUCUUCCUCCUGGGCCUCUGCUGAUCCCACACAACAUCAGAACUUUCCUGAGUAAUACCGUCCACCUCCCAUCAAGACAUAGUCUCCAAGGAGUGUACACUCUUCCUCCUUUUCAUCCUCCUACACCCCCCACCACCUGCCUCCCACCUUCUGGGUCCAUUAGUACUGUGCCCUUCUCUGAGUCCGAGGUAGACUCUGGGUCCCACUCUAGUACCACCCCCCUGAGGAUUGGGAACCUACUGGUGCCAGUUCAGCGACCCACUCGCAGAGUUGUUGCUACCAUUUGGCCAUCAUCUAGAACAGAAAGGGCACCCUCUACUUUUCCCCCUUUGUUCUCUGGUCAGGAAAUGGGUGGUGUAGGAAACGUUAGCAGCCCUACCCCACUGCAACAGACUUGCCACAAUCUACCAGUCGCCAUCAGUGCUCACUCUGUCUCGGAUACUCACUGUUCCUCCUCUCUCCCCCCUCCUCUCCUCCACCUAGCCACCCCAGCUGGUGGCAACAUUAGCAGCUGUAUUGGUGAGGCCAUGAACACACUCCUGCAAGAAGCCACUGCCUCUGGAGAUGAAGCACCAACUCAAACUGCUAAUAACAGUUCCCUUUCUAGAGACAAGACUCCUAAUAGAGAAAGUACGCUCUCCACUGUGCCUGCUAUGUCGUCCAAAGAUUGUGACGGACCACAGGGUGGCCAGAGUUGAAGAAUUUUGCCUAGGUGUAAAAUCCCUUUCAAAUAAUUAUUGUGAAUGAUCCAACAUUGAUGGUGUAAUGCAAGUGUAUUACCUGUUGCUAUAAUUAUAGGUCAUUGCUAUGUUUAUUUACAAACAAUUAUCCU